AUGGCACAACAUCCACUACCCGUAUUAUCUACUCAUCGACUUAGUUUCGGUGGUCCACCAUUUACAAAUGUAUUUGAUGAACAAAUUCAUAAUGAAAAAUUACCUCGUCAAACACGUGAUAGUGCUAAAAAAAUAAAUUUUCUUCCGCCAUUUUUAGCUUUAAUACUUGGUUCAACUUAUUUUCUAAUUGCUCUAUGUAUUAUUCUCGUUCUUCCUAUUCUUCAAUUAGCCAUUGGCAUAGCAUAUUAUAAUCAAUGUCCAGUAAAUUUUUAUAUUCCAAUAUAUUUGAUUGUUACAGGUGCAUGUGGUUGUGCAGGUGUUGGUUUAACAAUAAUAAUUGUAGUUGCAUUUAUAUGUUGUAUUAAACAAGAUUCAAUUGCUGGAUCAUGUUUUAAUGGAUGUGUUAUUGGUAUUGUACUUUUUAUUAUUUUUCUUAUGAGUUUCUUUUUAUUUGCUUGGUUUAUUGCGGGUAAUGUUUGGGUAUUUGGAGCAAAAGAUAAAGUUACUUAUGAUAAUGUACAAUCACCAAAUUAUUGUCAUCAAACUUUAUAUCAAUUCGCUUUUUGGAUAAUUAUUAUAACUUAUAUCUUGAUGAUUGUUAGUUGUUGUGCAUCAUGUUGUCGUGCUUGUUUUCAAUCAGUAACAACAUUAAAAGCUUAG